GGUAUUUGUGCAUAAAUAUUCACAAAAUAAUGGUAGAAUAGAAAAAUUAGGUUUAAUAACCAGUUAACCACGAAAAUCCACCACUCAACUUUAGCUGCCAUGGACGUCCUUUCUCCGUUCUCAGCGACUGCUAUGGUCAUCCUACUUGCGUUCAUAACUCCUAUAAUCUACUCUUUGUUUUGGAGAUCAAGAAAGUCUUGUAAGAAGAGACUACCGCCAGAAGCUGCGGGUGCGUGGCCUAUUAUUGGCCACCUUCAUCUUCUUGCAGGCUCACAGCCAGCUCACAUAACCCUAGGAAACUUGGCUGAUAAGUACGGCCCAAUAUUCACUAUCAAGCUUGGUGUUUAUCGAACCUUAGUUGUAAGCACGAUGGCUAAAGAGUGCCUUACUACAAACGACAGAGCGUUUGCCAGUCGUCCUAAAGGUCUAGCCAUGGAAAUCCUGGGCUACGACUAUUCCAUGCUUGGUUUCAGUCCAUAUGGGGAGUACUGGCGCCAAAUGCGCAAAAUAGUGACUCUUGAGCUUCUCUCCAAUCAUCGGCUUGAGAUGCUAAAGCAUGUGAGAGAGGCUGAGGUAAAAAUGGCCAUAAAAGCUUUAUAUCAAAAAUGGAUAAAGAAUAAAAGUAAUUCCAAUAAGCUUUCUGCGGAGAUGAAGAGAUGGUUUUGGGACAUAACUUUAAAUGUGAUAUUAAAGAUAAUAGUAGGGAAACGAUAUGUGGAGGAGGAGCAUACAAAUGAAUCCGUCGAAGGUCGAGAGAGCGGGACAUGGAGAGAUGCAUUAAGGGAAUUUAUGGAAUUGUCUGGAAAGUUUUCGGUAUCAGAUGCGCUUCCAUAUUUAAGGUGGUUAGAUUUGGGUGGAGUUGAAAAGGAAAUGAAGGAAAAUUUAAAAAAAUUAGACCCUGUUGUUGAAGAAUGGCUGCAAGAACACAAGCAAAAGAAAGAAGCUUCCGGUGGCGUACCAAAGGAAGAAGAAGACUUCAUGUAUGUGUUACUGUCCAUUCUCGGCGAUGCGAAAGAGCUUUCCACUGGAGAUGCUGAUACUAUCAACAAAGCCACGUGUAUGGCUCUUAUUUUAGCAGCCUCAGACACCACAGCAAUUACAAUGACAUGGGCCUUGUCUUUGUUACUGAAUAAUCCUGAUGUCCUAAAGAAAGCACAAAAUGAAUUAGACAUACAUGUUGGCAGAAAAAGACAAGUGGAGGAGUCAGACAUAAAAAGUUUGGUUUAUCUCCAAGCUAUUAUCAAGGAAGCCUUCAGAUUAUAUCCUGCGGUGCCUUUAUUAAUUCCUCAUGAAUCCAUGGAAGAAUGUAUUAUAGAUGGGAAUCAUAUUCCACCAAAGACACGCCUUAUUAUAAAUGCUGCGAAAAUUCAAAAGGAUCCGAUCGUGUGGCCAAAUCCUGAAGAAUUUCAACCGGAGAGGUUUCUUACUGCGCAUAAGGAUGUUGAUUUCAAAGGCCAAUUCUUUGAAUUGAUACCAUUCGGUAGUGGGAGGAGAAUUUGCCCUGGAAUUUCUUUUGCUCUUCAAGUUCUGAACCUUACGCUUGCUACUCUGCUACAUUCGUUUGAAAUUGAAACUUCAUCGAGCGAUCCUGAAACUUCAUCGAGCGAUCCUAUUGAUAUGAGUGAGACCUCUGGAUUGACCAACCAAAAAUCUUCCCCUGUGGAUGUUGUUCUUACUCCACGUCUUGCUGCUAACCUCUACUAGAUGAUAAAUAGUUCAGAACUGUUAUGCUUAAUUUCAAUUUGGAAAAAAAUGUUGGAUUUGAAUCUAUUCUUAUUUUGUUUA